AUGUACAGCGCAAAUGCCGAGUGGCCCGGAAAUUCCCUGCCUCACAAGUACGUUUCAAUGCGCUCAGCCAUCGACAACACGGUGCUGCGGAACGUGUUCUACCCGUGGGAGGCACGGGAGCUUCUGGUGGGCCGCCUGGCACGGAAGUUCCUCAGCCGGCUCCUAGCACUGCGCCAGCGCGCCAUCCUGCGUCGCUUGUCCGAGCACCUGCAGCUGGACGUUCUUCACUUGGCGCAGGAUGUUCGGACGCACCGCGCCGUGCGCAGCAUCCUUACUGCAACACCGGAUGAGGAGGUCAAGGUUUUGGGCCUGGAUCCCCAAGACCGUCUACUGCAGCUGCUGCGAAGGACGGGCGCGGAGAUCGCCGGCUUCGGACAGCUGGACGAAAGAAUGCAGAGGAGUUACCAGGUGAACGCCAAUUUGCUCAACCCUGAGGAGUCAGCCACCCCUCUGCAGCAAGAGCCCGCCGAGGGGACCCCGAAGGUUCAUAGUCUGGAGUCGCGAGUACCCGGGCGAGUUUUUCGAGCCACGCGGCUGAGCAUUCUUGCCAUUCUUGCCAUCUGUUUUCUAAGGCACGACAAGUCACGGCAUGUGACAGUCAAGAUUGCCGGAAUGUUCUCACGCCGCAUCGUGGUGGUCCGACGCUCAACCAUGGAGCGGAUGACCUUGGCGAGAUACUUCCCGUUGACCUGGAAGCGGCAGCAGCCACUCUGGGGCAGCGCUUCCACUGGCCACUUCCAGGUAAGGCCGGCCGGAGUCAAGGAAGGCUCCCACGUGCGCGCCAACGAGUGCCCCUAUGCCGGGUUGCACGGCAUGGCGCUCUCUGCCGGCGGCUUCGCCUCCGACCAACGGUGUAACCCCGACCGGAAGACCGUCGGGUACACCCUGCUCAUGGAGCUGCAAUGGAUUCGCGAUCCGCAGGCGAACAUCGAGAAUUGGUACAUCACGGACAUUGAGAAGAUCAUUCAGGAGGCGUGGCAGCUGUGCCCUGGCAGGGAGCCGAAAGAUCAGCCCGAAACGGAAACACAACCUGGGCCACCCUGGACCUGCACAUCUUCACAGUUCUCGGCACCCCUGGCACCACAGCUCAGUGAAGCAAGGAAUCCGCACGGCCCUGCUUCCAUCAUGCUCACCGGGGAGAAGUUCAUCGCCGUGGGUCAGAACCCCAAGGUGGGAAGCUCUAUCCGCCAGACCCAGCACACGCAGCUCGCGCAAGGUUCUUGGAAGAACUACCCCGUGCUGCAGAUCCCGGCCGCGCGCAUUCUGGCGGCGGAGGCCGCCGAUGUGCCCGAGAGUCCCGGUGCCGAGGUCGGCCGGCUAAGGGGCGACUGCCUGGGCAGCCACGCCGUCCUUGAGCUGGUCGAGAUCGGCCCGGAGGGGUCGGAGCUGGAACAGCGUGGGACGAUGCUGAGGAUUCGCAUUCCACAGCCUGCUUUCCAUGGCCUGAUGCGCUUCCUAGUGCGCCUUCGCCUUCGCCUGCUGGAGAAGCUGGGAGGUGCUGAGGCCAUCGACUUCCUUGUCCUGUGCCUCAGCGAUGAACAAGGUGGCUUUGUCGUGAUCUUCGCGCCAAUCCCGCAGCUUAUGAAGAUGGAGGAUGGGCAUGCCGACCUGGUCCCUUGGGCCAACCCGCUAACAGGGGAGUCGUCCGAGACGGCUGGAAUCGAGGAGAGCCGGUUGGACUUCGGCAAAGGCGUCGGCCACUUCCUGGUCCUCAAGGACGCGCUCAGGGAGCAGCUGCUGGCCAAGGGCGAGGAUACCCUUCGCCGAAUCUAUGCCUUCAACCGGGUGCCCGGUGCCAGAGCCGUCAUCGACGAGUUCCUGGAGAGCGAGAACGUGAUAGAGCCCAGCUGA